AUGUCUUCACCGCCGUCGUCUCUGCCUCCGGCUGCCGCUCCUGUCACCACAUCACCACCACUUCCACCAUCAUUGCCUCCACCAUUGCCACAGGCAUCACCAUUCGUGUCCCCGUCAUUUCCACCUACUAGUCCUCCUGCCCUGCCUCCUGCACACAACUCUAUCCCUCCUGUUUCAUCACCAUUGCCAACUGUUGGCACACCUCCACCAGCAUCAGUCACAUCUCCACCACCACCUUCUGUUACUUCUCCUCCUUCACCUUCACUAACCUCUCAGCCUCCACCUUCACCUUUACCACGGCCUACUCCAUUGCCAUCAAAACCUUCUCCAUCUCCACCUCCACAGCAUACAUUAUCACCACCACCACCAUUACCAACACCAAAAACACCACAUCUUUCUCCUCCAGCUAAACCAUUUACUUCUCCACCGUCGCCACCCUCAACAACUCCAACGGACCACUCUCCACCACCUACAUUGUCAACUCCAUUACCUCCAGUAACCACUACUACUCCUCCACCGCUUCUAUCCACUCCAAGCAACAGCGCUCCACCACCUGACUUAGCAACUCUGCUUCCACCAGCUGCCAGCACUCCUGAACCGCCGCUCACUUUGGCCAAAAAUCUCCCACCUUCGCCUAGUAAUGCUGCAACACCUUUGCCAACAACAGCAUUGCCUCCACCUCCAUUGUUCCAUUCACCCUCACCCUCCUUGUUGCCGGUGACAUUGCAAGUUCAGAAGCCACAACCAAAAGCAGCAGCAGGUCUAGUUGCUGGAUGUGUCAUUGUUGGAGUUGUUAUAGUUUUCCUCCUCCUCGGAAUUGUAAUUAUUUGCUACAAGCGGAGGAGUAAGAAGAACAAUGCUGUUCCGGAGGAUCACCAUAAACCAGCCUCCUUGGUACCAAAAGAUGGCUGUUAUGAUGUGGUUCAACCCCAUCACAAUGUUCCUCAACCUGGCGUCCAUGUUAUCAGGGUGCUGUCCAGCACCUCAACAUCUCCAAUGCGCCGUACCGCGGGCUCUGAGGUUCCAUAUGCACAUCAACCUCAAUGGCUUGGUUUUUCAAUGGACAUCUCAAAUGGAACUUUCACCUAUGAUGAGUUGUUGGUAGCCACAAAUGGGUUUUCAGAGGCCAACCUUCUUGGACAAGGCGGUUUCGGGUAUGUUCACAAGGGAGUACUUCCAGGUGGCAAAGAAGUUGCAGUUAAGCAGCUAAAGACAGGAAGCCGGCAAGGGGAGCGAGAGUUUCAGGCUGAGGUGGACAUCAUCAGCAGGGUGCAUCACAAGCAUCUAGUUUCAUUAGUUGGGCACUGCAUUAAGGGGGCAGAGAGGUUGCUUGUAUAUGAGUUUGUUCCAAACAAGACCUUGGAAUUCCACUUACAUGGACUAGCACAGACUGUUUUGGAAUGGGAAAUUCGAUUGAAAAUAGCUACUGGUUCUGCAAAAGGACUAGCAUAUCUCCAUGAAGAUUGCAAUCCAAAAAUCAUCCAUCGUGAUAUCAAGGCAUCUAAUAUUCUUGUGGAUCAGAAUUUUGAAGUAAAGGUUUGUGACUUUGGACUGGCUAAAUCGUUCUCUGAUACCAACACUCGCAUUACUCACCUUUCCACUCGUGUAGUGGGAACAUUUGGGUACCUUGCUCCAGAAUACGCAUCAAGCGGUAAGGUCACAGAGAAAUCAGAUGUGUAUUCAUACGGGGUUGUACUUCUAGAACUCAUAACUGGACGUCCACCUAUCAGUACAAUAGAUUCCUUGAGGAACGAAGGCCUGGUUCAGUGGGCAAGGCCAUUGCUCACUCAAGCCCUGGAAGAAGGUGUUUUUGAUGGUCUUGUGGAUCCAAGAUUGGAGACAAAUUACAACAACAAUGAGAUGGCUAGGAUGGUUGCUUGUGCCGCUGCUUGUGUACGACAUUCAGCAUCGCUUCGACCACGAAUGAGCCAGAUAGUCAAUGCUUUAGAAGGAGUUGCUUCGUUGAUGGAUCUUCGCGAAGGAGUUACACCAGGAAACAGUGCAGUAUACAAUGGCACGGGGAAUUCAUAUUACAACUCCCGGCAAUAUGAGGAAGAUUUGAAGAAUUCCACUGUAACAAUGCCAAGUCCAGGGUAUGGAAUCAGUAGGUACACUGAUACUACCAGUGAGUACGGUCUUAGUCCCUCAGGCUCCAGCAGCGAGACGCGGCAAACAAUAGGCUCUGAGAUAGCAAAGUUACACUAAUCUUUUUGGUAAAUAAUGUAACUGUAGGUUUUUCUUUUUCUUUCCAUUUUUCGGUUAAUACAGUAGCUGUGAUUUGCUUGUUCCUAUCUGUGGAGAAUUGUGACAAAUUAGUGAUACCAAAGAAAUGAAACAAUGAAGGAUUUGAAUGCAAUUUACCAGAGUCCUUGCUCCCCUGGUUCAGCAAUUAGGGAGCAGGGAGUACAAAUCAGAGAUCCAGAUUUCAUAUCCCAUAAAAUUCUUUCGCCGUAAACAUGUAGCAACGUAUUACAGGAGAAA